AUGAUUUUUUCACAUGUUAGUCAAUCGUGUGAUAGAAAAAUUUUUUAUGAGAAAUGCCAAACAGAAGGUUUGAGACAAUUAUGUAAAUUGCACAGAUUUAAAUACUUGAUACAAGUUUGUUUCGUUAAUUUUAUUAUUUCAAGAAUACACGCUAAUCCAAGAUGUCAGAAUAUGGAAAUACUAGAAAACGAGGAUAUGACGUGCGACAUACGUGAUAUUCUCGACACUCAUAACAGACUACGACAGUCUAUCGCCGAGAGAUCAAUUAAUGCUCAACCACCUGCUGCCAAUAUGCGCGAGCAGUAUUGGGACUUCGAACUUGCGUCCGGUGCUCAGAAUUGGGCAAAUCAAUGCACAUUUUCUCAUAACGAUGAGAAAGACAGGGAAAUUGAUACAUACAAUCUGGUCAAAAAUAAGCUACCUUACAUCGUUGGCAAUUGUAGCUACGAUAGUUCUCUGAAAAUUUCGGAUAAAUAUCCUAAUCUUUGCGAUAUUAAGGAUGUACUAGUAAGUUGUCCUAAAAACAAUGUUGAAGAAAUUUGUAGCGACAAGAGAUCCGUAUCCGUCGGAAAUGGUCUUAAAUUUUUAAACGUGUACUGUAAUAUACGUAAAGAUAACAGCCUUAUAUAUCAGAAAAAAUCAAUUUGUUCACGCAAAAUGUAG